AUGUAUCGCCAAGUACUGGUAUCCCCGUGUUAUAGGCGCUAUCAACAUAUUUUGUGGCGAGUGUCUCCCGAUGAAGCAUUACAGGAGUACGAGUUAAACACCGUCACGUAUGGAGUUAAUUGCGCUCCGUACCUGGCCCUUCAGGUAUUGCGAUGUAUCGCCGAACAAGAUUGCCGAGACAGUCCAUUUGUUUGUGAAGCCCUGUCGUACUGCACCUACAUAGACGACAUUUGUGUUGGCGGCGACAUGGUCGAGGAAGCUAUAGCGCUCCAAGCUGAUUUAAUUCGUGUGUUACGACGGUCGGGCAUGGAUUUGAAGAAAUGGGCAAGUAACACAGUCGAACUACUCGCAACAGUGCCCCCUGAGGACCGGGCGUGUGAAUUGUUGUCGCUUGACGACUCAUCCUUGAGUGAAACAAAAGUAUUGGGCAUGCAGUGGUCACCUAGAGAAGACACAUUUGCAUACACAUUCCACCCGUCACCGAUAAUGAACACGAAGCGUGGUAUGUUAUCUUGUGUCGCCCGCAUGUUCGACCCACUCGGGCUAUUAUCGCCCGUUAUAUUUUUCGCGAAGCAACUGUUGCAACGCGUGUGGCACGCUGGUUUAUCGUGGGACGAGCAGCUUCCGCCUGAAAUCGCCGAUUUGUGGAACAAAUUUGUAAGUGACUUUCCCAAUUUGCAACACGUAAGCAUAGCUCGAUAUGUAGGUACACAUCGAGGUGUACAAUAUUCUCUUUGUGGGUUUUGCGACGCGUCGUCUGCGGGCUAA